AUGCCUUUCACCAAGCUGGUCAAGAACUCCGCGUACUAUAGUCGCUACCAGACUAAGUACAAGCGCCGUCGUUCCGGAAAGACCGAUUACUACGCCAGAAAGCGUCUUAUCACCCAAGCCAAGAACAAGUACAAUGCGCCAAAAUACCGUCUCGUUGUCCGAUUCACCAACCGUGAUAUCGUCAUGCAAAUCGUUACCUCCGAAAUCACUGGUGACAAGGUUUUCUGCGCCGCAUACUCCCACGAGCUCAAGGCCUACGGUAUUGAGCACGGUCUUACCAACUGGGCCGCCGCAUACUGCACUGGUCUUCUCAUCGCCCGUCGUGUCUUGAAGAAGCUCGGUAUGGAUAAGGACUUCACUGGUGUUGAGGAGGCUGAUGGAGAGUACCAACUCACCGAGGCUGCUGGCGACGAGGAGAGACGUCCAUUCAAGGCUUUCCUUGAUGUUGGUCUUCACCGCACUUCCACUGGUGCCCGUAUCUUCGGUGCCAUGAAGGGUGCUUCCGAUGGUGGUAUCCUCGUUCCUCACUCCGAGAACCGUUUCCCAGGUUACGACAUCGAAAGCAAGGAGCUCGAUGCUGAGACCCUCCGCAAGUACAUCUUCGGUGGACACGUCGCUGAGUACAUGGAGACCCUCGCCGAUGACGAUGAGGAGCGUUACAAGUCCCAAUUCCAAGGUUACAUUGAUGAUGAAAUAGAGGCCGAUGGAUUGGAGGAGUUGUACCAAGAGGCCCACAAGGCUAUCCGUGAGGACCCAUUCAAGAAGGUCGAGGGAGGAGAGAAGAAAUCCAAGGACGAGUACAAGCAGGAGUCAUUGAAGUUCAAGGGACGCAAGUUGACCAAGGACGAGAAGCGCGAGAGAGUCAAGGCCAAGAUUGCCGAAUUGAAGUAA